AUUGCUAAUAACACUACUAUAUAUAGUGCUCUAAGUCAUUUGAUCAUCUCAUCAACUCACUCUUCUAUAGCAUAUUUUUCUCACUAAGCUCUCAAUUAUUUCUUCUAUUCACCAAUUUUAGUUCAUUCCAUAUUUAUUUCCACAAAUGGCCACUGAGGUAGCACAAAGCACACCAUUGCCUGAGACUCAGGCACCAAUUGAGGUGAUCAAGGCUGAGGCGCCAGCCACCGAAACAGUGGAAGCUGAAGCUCCAGCAGCUGUAACUGAGGCUCCAGCAGCUGAGGAAACACCUGCAGAAGUAGCUGCAGAAGCCACUGAAGUAGCUGUUGAAGCCCCAGUAGAAACUGAGGCUCCAGCAGUAGAAGCCGCGCCAGAAAAGGAAGCCGCGCCUCAGGUUGAGGCAGAGCCAGUGGUGGAGAAGAAGGAAGAGGAGGCUGCCCCACCAGCCAUAGAAGAGAAGAAGGCUGUAGUCGAAGAGACCAGCGAAGCGGCCCCAACAGAAGCUGCUGCAGCACCAGCUGAGGAGGCUAGUAAGGUGGAGGAAGUGAAGCCAACUGAAGAACCAGCAGUUGCAGCUGAGGAAACUAGCACUGAGGUUCCAGUUGAGAAGUCUGAUGCUUGAACUUGAUCAAAAUGUUUUUUUGUUCUUUUUAAUUCACUAUGAUUAUCAUUUCCACUAGUAUUCUAUUAUUAUUAUUAUUGAGGGAAAAAAAAAGCUUUGGGUUUGGUUAUGGAUGAAUUUAUAUAUCAAAGCUAUUUGGUUAAGAUAUGCCCAUGUUUAUGGAUGUCUUGCUACAGCACAGAGAGGAGGUAUUUGAGAGUUUGAUACUGUACUUGGAUUUGGUUAUGGAAUAAUAAUUCUAUUAUAUUUUUGAGAUUA